CAUUUUCUAUUUCAGGUAGUCAAAAAUGGCUAUCCGACCCCUUGUAAAACAGACAUGUGUCAAGAAGAGGACAAAGAAAUUUAUCAGGCAUCAGUCUGAUAGAUACCUCAGAGUAAAGCCAAGCUGGAGGAAACCCAAGGGUAUUGACAACAGAGUCCGCCGCAGGUUUAAGGGCCAGUACAAGAUGCCCAACAUUGGUUAUGGAUCCAACAAAAAGACCAGACACGUCAUGCCAGACGGAUUCAAGAAAUUCCUCAUUCAUAAUGUUAAGGAACUUGAAGUACUUCUGAUGCAGAACAGAACUUUUGCUGCAGAAAUUGCACACAACGUUUCCAGCAAGAAAAGGAAAGACAUUGUGGAACGUGCCCAGCAGCUCUCCAUAAAGUUAACUAAUCCUAAUGCCCGUUUACGCUCUGAAGAUGAUGAAUAGGCAUAAAUAAAGGGGAAAAGCAAA